AUGAUCUCAUGCAGGAGUGUACUAUUGCCAGUAUCUCAUGCUGGACUGUACUAUUGUCAGUAUGAUCUCAUGCUGGACUGUACUAUUGUCAUAUGUGAAGCAGGACAGAGUUGUCUGUCAUGUACCGGAAUUCAAAAUCGAUCCAAUUGUCAACACGUAGAAAAUUGUACAAACGAUGAGGUAUGUUUUGUACAGAAGCACACCACAGAUUCGGGUUCACUUUUGUAUGAUUUAGGAUGUGCAUAUGAGCAGUUUUGUAGGUACAAUAUCGGUGGGACAUUUGGUCGUCGAAAUGAUGCUCAUCGUAUUUUGUGUACAUCAUGUUGUAACAAAACAAGAACUUGUAAUACUGAUUUGAAAUGCGAACACGAUUAUGUUAAAGGUUUACCAAGAGAAUGUUCUGAUAUACCAGGACAUCAUCCAGAUGGUGUGUAUAAGAUAUACCCUGAUGGAAUAUCAGCAGUUUCUGUAUAUUGUGAUAUGCAUACCGAAAACGGAAAAUGGACGGUAAUACAAAGACGUUCCAAUGGAUCUGUGGACUUUGAACGGAAUUGGGAGGCAUACAAAGAGGGCUUCGGUAACCUAAACGGGGAAUAUUGGUUAGGAAACGAUGUCAUUCACGAGAUAACUAUUCAUACCCGCCAUGAAUUAAGAAUUGACAUGCACGAUUUCGAAGGUCACGCCAAAUACGAUAAAUAUGCAAUGUUCAUGGUUGGGGAUGAGAAAGGUGAAUAUGAGAUGACAGUUCUUGAGUACAGCGGUAAUGCAGGAGAUUCGAUGACAUAUCAUAGUGGUAACCUGUUUUCAGCCUUUGAUAGGGACAAUGACAAAGAUACCAGGAAUUGUGCUACACUAUAUCAUGGAGGCUGGUGGUACAAGCAUUGUCAUGAUGCUAAUUUGAAUGGACGGUAUCUUUCGGGAACCUGUCCGUCUGGACAAGGCAUUAAUUGGCCAGCAUGGCAUGGCUUGGACUACUCACUUAAAUCGGUGAAAAUGAUGAUCAGAACACUAUAUUAA